AACCACAGUAUUGUGUUGCGUAUAAAAAAGAACAACAACACUGUGAUUUGACGACAACGACAAAUGUAAAAUGGCAAAAGAAGUUUGUUAUCUUAUCACAGCAAACGCGUAAGCAGCAAUCGCCCACCAGUGCCACAAUCACGACACUCACUCAGCAGCAGAGAUCAGCCACCCGACGCUGCCCACACUCCAUGCCCUCACAAACAAGAUUAUUGUAGUAGUAGCGCAAUAGCCUGCAACGUAGACGAAAGGCAAACACGGAGCGCGUAAUUACAAACAACAUUUUAAUAGUUUAUAAGACACAAAGAACUUUACCAAAAAUACUAAUUCAUAGCAUAUAACGAAUCAUUGGCAGUUUUAUCUAUAAGAAGGCUUUAAUCGCAAACAUUUGCUCCUACAAAAGCAUACGGAAACGCGCUCACAAAUUUUAAGAGACCUUCAGCACCACGGUGCGCUCUCCGUAGGUAGUGCUUUUUAAAUUGGAUAACUUUACAAGGCUUUCAGCAGUGCAUUUGCAACUCGGGUCAGUCUGACAACGCGCAGAAACCGAAAAAAAGUGUAAUGAAAACAAAAACUCGAUUAUGAAAACAACGUGACGUAGUAAGAAGUGAGAGAAAUCCAGAAAUUACGUAAAAGCGCGUGUUGCAACGACAACAGUGACUUUUAACUCAUCAAUUUAGUGUAUGUUGAGGGGCGAGGUGCAUUGGGCAAUGAAACUUGCAUUGUCGCUGGACGUGUAAUUGUAUGUGGGUGAAUUGUGUGCGGUGCGCAUCUACCACUCGAAACGAGAGAAAUAAACACAAAGUGCAAAGCCAACUCCCUAAUAUCGCGGAAAACAAGAAACAGAAAGUAAAACAACAAAACUAAAAGUUUAAUAAAAAAUCUCGCCGAAAACGCAUACAAAGGCAAAGACGGCUGGCUAGUUUUAAAUCACAUACUAGUCAGAGUGUUUGCGCCGUGCAGCUGCUGCAAUGUCAUCCUUCAAGGAAAAAUUUAAGCUGUGGACAAGAGGGAAAUCUAGUUUAAACUUACGUGAAGUCAGCAAUGAAAGUAAAGAUAAAAACAACAGAUUUUCACUCAAUACCGAUAACAAAUAUGUGGAGUGUGUGGGCGGUAGUAGUGUAAACACCAGUAGCAUUUCCACAAUCAACGCCGGAGCUGCUGAAACUAAUGCUGGAAGCAAUAAGAAUGCGAGUGGGAAGCAAAGUUUUGAGCAUGAAGACAAAGAUAGGGGCACCGAAAAGGAUACUCGUCAACAAAAUGAGAAUGGUGCACUACAUAAAUGUAUAAAUGAGCUGGCUGCUUCGUUUGGAACGAAUUCUACAAUUAGCGAUAGUGACGCUAUUCGUCACCAACCAUUGGAAGAUAUUGUAGAAAGCGAAAUACCGUCUUCUGGAGAAACCGUGCAGAAACCAUUAAAAUCAAAUACACAGAAGGCAUCCCAUUUUGUUACUGUAAUCGAGGUGAAAGAGAGCAAAACAAACAUGGAUGCUGAGCUGGAGAGUGGACUGGAAGGGAGUGAGUCAGUGCAGAGCACGGCGACACCAACUCUUAGUAGUUUCGAACGUAAAACUUCAACCAAAGUUGAACCGACAGCGCCACCAUUGUCCCCUGCAUUAACAUCACCCUCAAUGUCAGCUUCAUCAUAUGCAGCACAUGCCGAUGCUAAAAAGAAAAUGCCACCAAGACCACCUCCCAAAAAUAUCCGACGUGUCGAGCCACCCACUAUACCUGGACAACUUUCGUCGUCGCCAAAACGCGAUACACCGUAUAUUGGUAGCAACAUGCCCUUACCUAGCACGUCUGGCAAUUUAUCCUCAUCUGAUAGUCCUGGCAAUUCACUUGAACGCCAUGUGAAACCAUCAGCCAUUUUACGACAAAAAUCACCAGAAUCGUUGGAAGCAAAGGUGCUUACAUCCAACCGAAAGACGACAUCAGAUUUGGGCAAGUUUCAUCCGCCUGAUUUGAUGGAAGAGCUGGGCCGUAAGGUGGGCAAAUCGGAAAGUCUUGAGAAAACCAAACGUUCGGAUAUGGCAAGUACACAAAGCCCAACUGGCAGUUUGGGGCGCACAGUAUCCAUACAAAAUCGAAACGUGACAGGCGGUCGUACCAGCGGCACUGGGGUGGGUGUAUCACCUACUGGCAGUUUGAAUAAACCCUCGAAGCUAGCUGUUGCCGAUAGUUCUUCAACAAAUAGCUUGGAAAAGAAAUCACACUAUUCACUACAAGCGACUGACGCGGAAAAUGGACAAACUCAUGUCGUGGGCUCAAAGGAAUCGCUGGCAUCACAAGGCAUAUCUGAAAUUAUUAAAAGCUACGAAUCCGUUUCAUCUUUGGGCUCCGAUUGUGCCAAGGGCGCAGUGGACAAUGAACCAUAUUACGACACAGUGCCGCUGGAUAACGGCGAAGGUGAAUAUGUUUACAUCAAACCAGGCGGCAACGGUUCAUCGUCCAGUCGCGAUGAUCUAUCCACACCAGGCAGUACGCUUCCAAUCGGUUCAGCCACACAUCUCAGCAGUCAAGCGAGUGUGACAGAUCCUGAAUCCCCGGGACGCAGCUCAAAUUAUGUGAAUAUUGAUUAUUUUCUGCAUCAAAGCAAUGAGACACGUUCCAGCUCUUUGGACAGUGAUGGCGAGUAUGAGGGGCCGCCAAUAAUGCGUACUAUUUCUCAUGACGAGCAAAAUUCACAAACCCCUAGUGCUGCACGCAAGAAUUUAGUUUCAGCAAUACUAGUCUCUAGCAAUCUACGCGGUGCUAAAAUACGCUCUAUAUUGAGCAGUAUUAUUCAAAGUGAAACAAUUUAUGUGGAAUGUCUCAACAAAAUGCUACAGUAUAAGAGAGCUAUACAUGCAACACUCGGCACAUCACAGCCUGUGAUCAAGGAGGAAGAGGAGAACACGAUAUUUUUCAAAAUCGACGAACUUUAUGAUGUGCACACACAAUUUCUGAACGAUUUGAAAACGAUUGCGGCGCACGAAGGUGGUGACAUACUUAUCGGCGAACCAUUCAAACGGCUCGCAGACAGUUUUAGCUUAUAUAGCGCUUUUCUGCACAACUACGGACAGGCCAUCGAUACGGUGAAGAAGUGCAGCGCCAACAAUCCACAAUUCAAACAGAUUGUAUCGACGAUUGUCGUCAAUUUACACACGGAACAGUCGCUUACGCUGGAGGACUUGCUGCAUAAACCCGUGGCGCGUGUGCAGAUCAAUGCAUUAGUUUUCAAUGACUUGUUGCGCGAAACACCACCCAAUCAUCCGGAUCAUCAGCCAUUGCGACACUCGCACAAGACCAUACACAUGUUUCUGAAGCAAUUCAAUGUGGUCAACCAGCGUUUGUCAAUGGAAUCGAAUAAGAAUCUACGGCGCAUGGUGAAGAAUUCUUUCAUUGUUGAGCUGGUGGAUGGGCAUCGUAAAUUGCGGCAUCUCUUCCUGUUCAAUGAUGUGAUCGCCUGUGCCAAGUACAAGGCAUCCGGACGUGAGCGCAUUGACUAUGAGCUGAAAUGGUUUAUACCAUUGAAGGAUGUUGUGGUGUUCGAAGAGGCAGACGCCAGUGCUGACCUCAAAGAAUCUAGUCCUGCAAAUAUAUUACAAUUGAAGACGCAAGCAUGCACCGUACGUGAUCAGUUAUUGCUGGAAGAGAAGGACGAUAAGGGACGAAAGUCGAAUGGCUUGCGCUCAGGCGAUAAAUAUCGACGCAAAUUGGCCGACUUGGAGUCGCAGCUGGUGUUGGCCUCGCCGAAUUUAGUCUUCCGUAUUGCCAAUAAAGCAACCAAUAAAACAAUAACAUUUUUCUUGAGUUCUGAUUUCGAGCGCACGCAGUGGAUUGAGUCGAUACUGUCGCUGAAGCAAACCUGCAACAUACCGGGUGCGAAUACGAUAAACGCCUUGGAAGUGCACGCCUUUAUCGUUGCCAUGCAGAAAGGUAUGAAGACUGAAAUGGGCUCAUAUCUGAUGCGCAAUACCAACGACGAGAGUCUGCUAGUGGGCGAUCUGCAUCUGACAGUGCACGGUCUGACGGGUCUCGACCAGCCAGCUGAUUUGUAUAUUUGCAUAGAAGUGGAUUCGUAUGGUCACUACUUCCGCAAAGCCACCACGAAAAUGGUGUGUCGCAGUUUGAGCCCACUCUGGAAUGAGAGCUUUGUGCUGGAGCUUGAGGGCAGCCAGAAUGUACGAAUUUUGCUGUACGAAGCGCAUGAACGUCCAAAGUUGCGCGCUAAACACGUCUUAAAAUUAAGUCGCAGUUGGCUGCAGGAGACACCAUUGUCACGUAUACUGAAACUAGGCGAGACCAUAACGCUGAAUACCACACUGCGAUUCGUGCCCGGCGAGGUGACUUUACGGCGUGUGCCAACAUCGAAACCGGGUGCACUCUUUGGUGCCAAAAUGAGCCAAAUUUUAAAGCGCGAGAAGCGUGACAUUCCAUUCAUUAUCAGUGCCUGCAUACGUGAAGUAGAACGACGCGGCAUGUCUGAGGUGGGCAUUUAUCGCGUGAGCGGCUCUGCUUCCGAUUUGGCUAAAUUGAAGAAGUCUUUCGAAACCAAUGCCUAUGAGGCCGAACAGCUGCUGAAGGAUGUGGAUAUACACUCAGUGACGGGUAUUUUAAAGUCAUAUCUGCGAGAGUUACCCGAGGCAUUAUUUACCGAUGCGCUCUAUCCGAAAUUUUUCGAAACAUUUAGCGCUUUCAGCAACAACAACGAGACAGCGCGCAUAAAUGAACUCAUAAAAGUCUUUGAAGAAUUGCCACAGGCGAAUAAAGCAUCUAUAAGUCAUAUAUUGGAUCACUUAAUACGAGUACAUCAUCAAGAGGCCGACAAUAAAAUGUCGCUACAUAAUUUAGCUAUGGUCUUCGGUCCGACGCUAUUACGGCCCGGUCAAACGCAAGCCAAACAGAAAGACUUGCUAGCUUCCAGCACGGUAGAUGUCAUGGCACAAGCGGGCAUACUCUACUGCUUCCUGCAGGCGCGCAUUAAAAAGGAUUAAAAUUUUAACACAUAAGCAUAGUGAAAGUGACUACUAAUCAGAAAUAUUGUAAAAUGCAUAUAUUUUUGUAGCAAGCAAAGGCCUUUGUAUGCAUGCGCAUAACCUGCGUGAGAGAAAUUAUUCUUAUAACUACGUAGCUUCCAUUGUAUUUAUACAGGCAUAUGCAAAACAGAGCAAUCGUCGACAAUGCGCUGUUGCGCAGCAAAUUGAGUGUGCGGAUGUGCGGAUGGCGAGAGAGUAGCGAGGUUGAGGGUGUUGAAGAAAUUUGUGAAAUAUUGCGAAAAUAGAAAAAAAUCAAAGAAAUUACAAGUUUGCAAUUGUAAGGCGCAUGAAAAGUCUCGCUAGACAGAAAUUGUGCCGGAAACUAUAAUUUUUAUAGUCGAUACAUAUACACAAUAUUAACAAGUGAAACAAAACAAAAGUAUUUGAACAAAACGCACCCCCUAAUAAUGCUGGAAGUAUUGAAAUAUUAUAAAUAUAUCUAUCUACACUGCUCCACACCAUAGAUUUGCACAGCUUAUACUAUCACGGAAGCUUAUUAAAAAAAGUUAGACAAAAUUUCAAAUUUUGUCCGUUUACAAAAACAAUAACAAUACAAUAGAACAUACAUAUACACAUUAAUACUUAAUAACACACAUACAUUUACAUAGCUGCCCAAUAAGCGUUUCGUAAUGUUUAUGAAUUAUUAUAAUUUUCUUUAUCACCACAAAAAAUACUAUAACGCUGGAAUCCUGUUAUUUAUCCGUAUGUAAAUGAAUAUAAAGUUGAAGUAGAGUAAUUUAAGGAUAUAUGGAAAUUAAAGGUUAAAUUUCGAAUUUUCUCCACAAAAUUUCCAUAAACACUGCUAAUGAACCGCAUUUAUUAUUAAACUCAAUUCGCUUCGUGUGUUUCAGGGUGUAAACUACUUAUGUAUUUCAUUUCUCAUCCGUUUUGCUAUUGAAUUGUUUAUUUUCAUAUUUGAAUUAAGUUAAACUAGUUUUUUGUUUUUAUUUUUUUAAUGAAGAUUAAUUCAAUUGCUCAAAAAAUGCAUGAAGUGUUCAACAAAAGAAUUUGUCUAGAUUAGUUUGCAUUUCCAAAGUCAAGUUGUAAUUUAUUAUGUUUCCAUACGAUUUUCAAGGCAAUCGCGUAUUAAAAUGCCCACACUCUUUAUAGCCGACCAUAGAUGUGUCACCUCAGCGGCAUUCCUCUAAACUGUUUUAUGCUGUUACAACAACAACAACAACAACUAUAGUAAUUGUAUAUGGAAAAAAAUAUGAAAACAGCGUUCUUAAGAGUUGCCAUAUUAGCUUGUUUAAAUACUUCAAUGCCAAUGAGUGUGCACAUUCGGACCAUCACCACUGUUGUUAAAUUUCCAUUAUCCUUAAUUUACACUAUAUUGACUGCUUUUCAACUAAUAAACACUUCCACACUUUUCGGGCAAUCAUCUAGCGUUAUUAGUUUCGAUAAUUUUUAAGCAUUGCAUGUAGUACCCCAUUGACUUAGUCUGUGGUCGCUUACAAUUUACCUUGUAAUGGUUACUUAUCGGUCCUUUUAAAAGGUUGCGUGGAAAACAUUGAUUCAAAAAAAUAAAUAAACAAAUAAAAAAUGACGUAGGCUAAAACAAUUUAAUUUAUUUUUUACCUGUAUGUAAAAUUAUAUAAUGCUUAUUUACUUUAUAGUUUAUCUAAAUACGAUUAUAUGUAUUUUGUAGUGCAGUUAUACAAAAACAAAAAUAUAUUAUUAUUAAACAUACUUAUGAAA